CGGACACUUUUUCCUUUUUGAGGAACAGCAUCGAAGUGAUAAAAGCCCUACUGUCACCCUCUCCCCUGCUGCACCUCCUUCGCCCGGAGAAACGCCAUGGCUCAGCGCUUGCCGGGCUUAAACCCCGUCAAAACCCUCAAGACCGACCAGCAUGGAAGACCCAACAACACCCACCUUCCGCAGAAUUCGGUUUCUUUCUCGAAAGCGAAGUCCAAGUCUCGGAAUUUCUCUCCCCUCUGUUUGUCAGCGGCGAUGGCGGCAAGCCAAGGUCGGGACCAGAAGCACUUGUCCCUCGAUGCCCUGACCAGCGGCAGCCGCAAAGACGAGGUCUCUGAAGCCAUCAGGAGCUCCUUGUCGAAUUGCCUCUCCGAGACGGAUCUUCACUUGACGGUUCCCGGUCUCAAGUCCAAAACCCGAGGCAAGGUCAGGGACAUCUAUGACGGUGGCGAUUAUCUUGUCCUAGUGACAACCGAUAGGCAAAGUGCAUUUGAUCGGAUUCUCGCUUCCAUACCUUUUAAAGGACAGGUCCUCAACGAAACGAGCUUGUGGUGGUUUGAUAAAACGAAGCACAUCACUUCGAAUGCUGUAGUAGCAUCUCCUGAUAAAAAUGUUACAAUUGCAAAGAAGUGUUCCGUGUUUCCAGUUGAAUUUGUUGUCAGAGGUUUUGUGACUGGAAGUACUGAUACAUCAUUAUGGACUGUCUACAGAAAGGGAAUCCGUAAUUAUUGCGGCAAUGCUCUCCCAGAUGGAUUGCUGAAGAACCAGAGGCUGCCUGCAAAUAUAUUGACACCUACAACUAAAGCGGCAGAUCAUGAUGUACCUGUUACACCAGAAGAGAUUGUUGAAGGCGGGCUAAUGACUCAAGAUGACUACGAUGAAGUCAGUGUGAAAGCAUUGAGGUUGUUUGAGUAUGGACAGCGUGUCACUUCAGAGCAUGGCCUCAUAUUGGUGGAUACAAAGUAUGAAUUCGGGAAGGCUGAGGACGGUUCCAUUCUUUUGAUAGAUGAGGUGCAUACUCCUGACUCAAGUAGAUAUUGGAUAGCGCAGUCUUAUGAUGAACGGUUUCAAAAUGGUCUUGAGCCUGAAAAUGUCGACAAGGAGUUCUUGAGGCUAUGGUUCAAAGAUCAUUGCAAUCCCUAUGAAGAUGAGGUACUGCCUGAGGCCCCAGAAGAACUUGUUGCUGAACUGGCAUGGAGAUACAUUUUCUUGUACGAGACAAUUACAAAUUCACCAUUUGAAAUACCAUUGACCGAGGAACCUGUUCAUGACCGGAUUUCACGAAAUGUCGCAUUGGCAUUGUCGUCUUUGUAAGGAUUUUUUCAUUGGCUCCACAUGGUUCUUCAAUAAGGCACUCAACCGAAACAUCUAUUCCUCGGAUACCUGCAACUAGCUGAGAGUCCGCCAAAUUCACUUGCGCGUGACCAACCAACUUCUCCUGAUGGGACUGCUACUUAAUCCGACGAGAGGGUCUUGUACUCCUUAUGUAACGACUUAGUACAAAUUUUAUUUGUGUAAUCAUUUUUGCUUUGCUUCUUAUUAUUAACGUCUUAUCUGCAGCUAAUCGUUUGGAUUGGCAUGUGGAAAACAUUUCAUUUGGGAAAUUUAACAAAUGGUACUCUACUAGUAUAGAUAGCUUUGUUGAAAAAAGAAGAUAAAUUUGAUCUUGUGAUUGCGUGGGAAAUUUGCACCACAUGAUUUUCUUUAUGGAGACUGCUAAUUCAACU